AUGCAACCAAAUAAUAGCCAUAAUGACAACAUAGAAGACGAUGAUGAACCAGAUGAAUGGGAUAAGAGAAUACUAAAGACAGGUUGUCAUCAAGAAAAUUUGAAUUUACAAUUAUGUCAUGCUGAUACUGGUGAUUGGAGGAAAUGUUUAAAGGAAAUGCAAGCUUUCAAGAAAUGUUGGGGUCAAAAUAAGAAUAAUGAAAGGACUUCAACAGUGGAUAACUGA